GGACUGGUUUUAAAAAAUUGUGUAACUGCACUAUAUAAGCGGCUAGAUUAACGUUCGGUGUGUUAUGUAUUCGUGUCAGUUAUAUAGACUACGAUGCGGUAUCUCGUUGUUUUGUAAUGGUGGAUUGUAUCAUAUGCUACACUUACUUUUUAUAUAGGCUACAGUAUAGAACGGGAAGGUUAUCUAGAGUGAGGCUGAGUUACACAUGACAAUAUACCUGCACAUUCUUUCAAGAGCGAGACAAUUGCAACAAUUGAACAAUUAAACAUUCAUUUAGCAAGUUUUCCCAAUUUAAUUCGUCUCAGUUUGAAUUGAUGGCAAUAUUUGUCUUAUUUCGUGUGAAAUAGCGACCAUUUCUUGUUUACGAAACCCAGCGAUUAAAACGCUUUACUUGCGAUUUAAACAUUUGUAAUAAUGGGAGUUGGAGCCGAGAACAGAACCCCGAGCAUAUCUAGUAAUUUUGCAUUGCACGUUGGAGAGGGAAAAGAGGAGGCAGAACUUGGCCAGAUGACACCCGGCAACGCUGAAGCCAUGCAGUUAGCGAUGGUUGAUCAGACUGCGGAACCGAGAGAGACGUGGGGUCGGCGCUUGGAGUUUGUGCUCGCCUCCAUCGGAUAUGCGGUCGGUCUGGGAAACGUGUGGCGCUUUCCGUACCUGUGUUACAGGAGCGGAGGAGGUGCUUUUUUGAUUCCCUACUUUAUCAUGUUGUUACUUUGUGGCAUCCCCCUUCUCUUCAUGGAGUUCACCAUCGGGCAGUACACUCGAUUGGGGCCAGUCCAUGCUCUGGCUAAAAUAUGUCCCCUCUUCAAAGGUGUGGGAUUUGCUACAGUGGUAAUUUCUUACGUGCUCUGCACCUACUACAAUGUGCUCAUGACCUGGGCCCUUUACUACCUGUUUAACUCCUUCAGCCCCUCAUUGCCAUGGCAAUCCUGCAACAACACAUGGAACGCAGCUGGCAACUGUUCCACUGGUUUCCCUGGCAAUGCCACAGAUCUGCAAUCAGCGAGUCAACAGUUCUUCGAUCGUAAGGUGCUAGACAUGACAACGGGGAUUGAGCACGCUGGAGGGAUUCGCUGGGAACUGUUUGGCCUUCUGGUGCUGGCCUGGUCCAUUGUUUAUUUCUGUAUCUUUAAAGGAGUCAAAUCUACCGGAAAGGUUGUCUACUUCACUGCUACGUUCCCUUAUUUCAUACUAUUUGCAUUGCUGAUCAAUAAUGUCCAGCUGCCUGGAGCUAAAGAUGGCAUCCUCUUCUUCCUCAUGCCAAACUGGAGCAAGCUCUUGGAAGUCCAGGUUUGGGUCAACGCUGCUGCUCAAAUCUUUAACUCCAUUGGAAUCUCCUUUGGUUCUAUGAUAUCUAUGGCCAGUUACAAUAAGUACAACAACAACAUUCUCAGGGACACAUUUAUCGUCUGCCUGGCUAAUUCAGCCACCAGUAUCCUGGCUGGCUUUGUUAUUUUCUCUGCCAUCGGGUACAUGGCCCACAUUCACAACCUGCCUGUGGAUGACAUUGCAACAGAUGGCCCUGGUCUGGUGUUUGUGGUGUACCCUGAGGUCUUCUCCACUAUGCCCAUCUCUCAGCUUUGGGCUCCUCUGUUUUUCAUCAUGCUACUCUGCCUCGGACUGGACAGUCAGUUUGCCAUGGUGGAAGUGGCUGUAACGUUCAUCAUGGAUGGUUUUGGAAAGAAAAUGUUGCGAGUUUUUAAGAGGAAGGAGCUGAUUGUUCUGGCAGUGUGCAGUUUUGGCUUUCUGCUGGGGAUUCCUCACAUUACCAGGGGUGGGAUCUAUGUGUUUCAGCUGAUGGAUCACUACACAGCAGUGGUAUCACUGAUGUUUCUAGCAUUCUUCGAGGUGCUCGCUGUAACUGUUAUAUUUGGAGUAAAACGACUCAGCGUAAUGGUGGAGAAAAUGUUGGGAAAGAAACCAAAUUUGUUCUUCCGUGUGUGCUGGCAGUUCCUGUCACCCAUGCUUGUACUGGGUAUUCUGAUCUCCAGUAUUUUUCAGUAUACUCCGGCUCGAUACGGUAAGUCGUACACAUACCCGCUGUGGGCAGAAGUGAUGGGCUGGUUCAUCUCUCUUGUCUCCAUCAUCUGGAUCCCACUGGGGGCUCUACAUGAGCUCUGGACCACCAAAGGAUCUCUGCUGCAGAGGUUGAAAAUAUCCUUAACUCCAACUGUAGAUCUGGAGUGUGUCUCUGAGAAACCAUCUGCAGAGUCCAUUGCAUUGUUUACUACUUCUUAGACACCGGCGAGUGUGUGUAUACUUCAAUGUGUUUACCCAUUAUAGAUAAAGAUUAGCUUGGCUUGAAUUGUAAAAAUAUUUGACAUAUUAAGCAUUUAUAUUCUGUGUAAUGUAUUUGAGAUGUAUGCUGAAACACACUAUCAUAAUGGUCUCAGAAUUUUUUUUUACAUGUUUCAUUAUUUGAUCUCAUAAUUAAGAAGGCUGUUAAACAGCUUAAUAAUGUUCAAAAGAGAACUAUUUUUAAUGUCAGACAUUAGAGCUUGAAUGCAUGUUGGCAAGAUGUGGUUGACUUCUCAAUAUUUAAGCUUUUUAGUCUACUAAAAUUAGAUGUAAUAUAUCUUUUGAUACACUUUGUUGAAUGAUUUAAAAAAACAGAAAUUAUGUUUAUAUUGUUAGGGACAAAUUACUUGAUUUGCAAAACAUAAUUUUAAAAUGUUUGGUGCCACUGCACCGUCAAACGCCUUCACAGAACAAGAAUGCUUCCAUGAAAUUAUUAAAUUCCAAGUUCUCAAAUGUCACCAUCACAUUGUGGAUACAUAAAUAUGCACUCUCACAGGCAUUCAGAUUCUAUAGAUUAUAGAAAAGUGAGAAAUGCAGGAAAGCUGUUUUUUGAGUUCCGCUGAAACCGUUAAUUGUAUUCACAGAGGACCAAGCUGACAUAUACUAGUAUAAAUGAAUUAAAAAUCACCUUUAAAACUGACCACUAUUUACUUUUGCCCUUACUCAGCUGCUUGGACCAUUAAUAUGGCACAAAUUAAAGCAUAUUUAAAUGUUUAAGUGGCAAAAACAACCAAAUCAUUAAGUUUGCCAGACACCCCUAAUUUUGUGGAAAAUUAGAGAAAAAGUAAAGGGCUGAAAAUAAAAAAGUGUGUGUGGCCUUAAGAGUAAGCAGAGAUGUGACUGAAAUCAAAGUUUACAUUUACAACAGCUCCUUUGAUAUAUGUCUUUAAUUUGAGAUUAUGCAAUUUAAAGAAAAAAAAGUAUCUUUAGUUAUUUUAUUUUUUUCCAGAAAGAAAUAGCCCAAAUUGAUAUCAAAAUGUUUGCUGACACCAAAAUGAGAGAAGCACAUAUUUAUUUAGAAUUUCUUUGGCAUAGAAGUAUUAACCUAGAAAUAGAAAAGUUAUACCGACGUGAUUACAAAAGAGCAAAUUAGAUAGAUCUACAGAUUACAUACAGAUAGAUCACUAAAAAUGGUUUACAAAUUGGAAAAUUUACAAUUUGGGAUUAUUCAAAAAGACUACAUGUUUUAACAUAAACUAUUACAACAUAUUUGAAUACAUAUUUUUAUUGUGUCAUACAAUCACAGCUGUUGAGCUGAAGUCUGUCCUUGUGACUUCAAAAAACACUGCUAUUCUUUUUAUUUUACUAGAAGACUAGUCAUUUUUGUAUUCAUAUUGUCAUGUAUCAUCUUUUUUCUGUGUGUUAUCUCUGUUUAAAUGAAUACUUAUUUAUUUAACUUUUUCAUUUUCAUUAGUUUUGUUUUCCAAGAACAACAUAUAGUACAGAUUUACAACGUGAUCAUUUAUAUUCAAACAGUUUAGCUUUGCUGUGUUUAAUAAGUUCUGUUGUGUAUUUUCUGAUUGUCUAUGAAGUUGAGAUAAAGCCUUUUUUAUAUUUAAACUGUUUUUGUUUUGACAGGCAGUUUUCUAAGCAAUAAGUGGUCUCAUUGAAAUAAAAGCCAUUGUUUUGUCAUU